GGGGAGGGGAGGGAUUUGGUGGCACAGGUCUGGAACCUAUUUACCUGUGUGAAUGGUGACAGGCGAGGCAGUCGUGCCCGGCUCCCGCGCCCCUGAGAGCGUGUGUCAGUUUGGAAGUGCUGGAUUCUCCUUGCUUCGUUCCCAACUUUGUUUCAACUUGUUUUAGACCUCCCUUCGGACCAUCCACAAAAUUCAAACCAUCUUUGACAUAUUGUUUAAACUGCCCCGAACAAUAUAUCGCUGGACUUACUCUUUUCUUUUUUUGAUGCAGAAGUUUUGUAGGAGGAGUUGGUGUUUUAAAGACGAAGGGAACAGAUUAACUCUGUAGAGGACAGCGCCAGGCAAGCACGGGCAAGUCGGAGCGGCGACAAACAACAACAACAGCUGAGAGUUAAAGUUAAACAUCAGCUCUGGUCAGCUGGGAGUGCGAUCUGGAGACAAGGCUUGGAGACUUACGUGAAUACUGGUCUUUAUCUAGACAGAUACCUCGCCAAGACACGUCGUGUAUUAGCUCAAGAAAGCACAUCAUUGAUGCUGUUGGGUUAAAGAGGGUCCCUGUCAUAAGGAAACAGGUGUCGUCUGUCGAAGGGCUGGCAUUCCUGGACACUGAAUCAUUCUCUAACGUCCAGAAGUGUAUACGUCUAUAGAUCUGGAGACACGCCGGCAGAAACGACAGCAACAGAGCUUGGUUCGCGCUGGUCCCAGCACGUUGACCACAACCAGACCGCUCUCUGGGUGACGUCACAGCCCCUGGAGCCCCCACCCUGAAGGUUCCGGUCGUCUACGGGGUCCCCUCCACUGGGUCCCGCCCUAGGAUGUCCCCGUCUGCCAGCCUCGCCAGGCGCUUCCAGCAGAACUGGCUGGCCAAACACCCACAGGACUCUUGCCACACUGGCGGGAAUCUGGACGACAGUCUCACUAGCUUGGGAUGGCUGCAGAACCUCAAAGUGUCGGAGAUCACACAGCCUCGGCAGGCCUCCAGUCCAGGGCUCGUUCUGGACAACAGGAAUAUCAUCAAACAAGAGCCUCCAGACUCCCCUCCUCCUCUGAUGACGUCACAGCUGCCCAAGCUGGAGCCUCGAGUUCAGAUAGGCGACAUGGCGCCGUGCUGUGGGACUUCCCCGGACGCCAUAGACUACAAGACGAACCCUUAUGUGAAGCCGCCAUAUUCGUACGCCACGCUCAUCUGUAUGGCGAUGAAAGCGACGAAAAAGAACAAGAUAACUCUGUCCUCCAUCUACAACUGGAUCACCGACAACUUCAUGUAUUACCGCCUCACUGAUCCCAGCUGGCAGAACUCGAUCCGGCACAACCUGAGCCUCAACAAAUGUUUUGAGAAAGUGGCGCGCCGGAAAGACGAGCCCGGCAAGGGCGGGUUCUGGCGCAUUAACCCCGACUACGGCGACAUGGUGGAGAACGGCGUCUUCAAAAAGAGGCGUGGCAGCCGUGACGUCAUCCCGAGCCCACCCCUCAAGCGGUUCAAGCUGGAGGACGAUGACUUCCCCUGUGUGUCCGGUAUGAAGAGUGGGGCGCGCGAGGACAAACUGCUCAGCAACGGUUUGUACGCGGACUCGAGUCUCGAUGAUGACGACGACGAAAACUCGCUGACGCUAAGAGGAGACUUCAACUGGACGUCCAUUCUCAACCAAGACAUCGACAUCGGCGGGAGAACGAUCAAAACGGAAGACAUUUUGGACGAGACCGAGCCUUCACCUUUCAUGGCCAUGAGCCCGCCAAGUUCGGAGACAAACUCUGAUGAUCUCGGCUUGGAUGACCUCUUCUCCCAGACUGACUUCGCUAUGGAUCUGUCCGUUGACUUUCAAACCAACGACCCUCUGGACUUGACAGUGCAAGGCACGACCAUCCGGCCGCCCGAGUGGUGGAGCGGGGACGUGGUAAACAAUAACGUAGACACGAACAACAACUGCAGCGGACUCAACACGCCAGUGCCUCCCUCACCCGAGUCGGACCGAGGGGAUACUAUGUGGGGCGACAGCUUAGGCCUAGGACCCACAGGAAACUUUGACCUAGAGAACUUGUUCGAUAUUGACAAUAUCCCGAGUCCACAGUUAUGAAAUCUGCCUAAAUAGGGUUUUUUUCAAAUGAUAUUUAGAUCGUCUCAUUUCGCACAUGCGUUAUGCAAUGACUUUCGACAGCCUACCAUGCCUAUUGGUCAGUAUGUUUCUUGGUCUCUCAAGAUUUGCAGAGUGCAUACAGACUUAGGGACCCGACGGUUGACCCGUGGAAAGUGUUGGCUACUGGACUUUGUUACUCUCCUCUCAUGGUUCCAAGCCACAGACUUGAGUCCAAAGAGAGGCAAAGCCCCCAUUGUUGGUUCUGUCUUUAAAACUAUCGCGUUGAAAAAGCGAGAUAACGCGAAGGAUUUGAAGAAAUUGUAAUGGUAUACAGAAAGUCCUUACCCGACGACAGUAUAAUAUAAUGUUAUGCCUGGACCCAGAUCAGGGAAAGGUUGUAAUGCUCAAUCUUCUGUAUCUCGACCUGUAGAGAUAUGGAGUAUUAUUCGUACACACACGUACACACACACACACAUAUGCGCACAGACACACCCACACACACACACAUACACAAAACACACUCAUACACACACGUACACACACACAUGCUCACGUACACACAUAUACACAUACACAUACACACACACAUACACACAUACAUACAUGCACACACAAUGCGCCUAAUGCGCACCCCUACACGCACAUUAUCGCAAGCACACAAGUACAAUAGCGGAAAGAUAUCGGUCCAAACCCGCGGAUCAGUCGCCAUUAGUAGCUUGUCGUACUUUCGUUUAGAUUAGAGUUCUCAUCGCCACUCCCUUUACCGUAUUGUGGGAUAAACUGGGCAGUGGAUCAAACGAGCAGCGUGCGAACCACGACGAGCAAACACACACACACACACACA